AUGCCUGGUCAGUGGCUGCAUGACUCGAACCAGAGCUUUUGCUUCGUUGAGGAAGACGACAUCGAUGUGCUUGCAAACGAUGAAGACGGUGGCUACGGAGACAACCCGCCGACAUGCGUACCAGCUUUGCCUCUUCGUCCCGGCCAUUCCUUAUGCUUUGAAACUUCAGACGUGGAUCAUAUCCUAGAUUCGUGGUCCCAGCACGCGCAUGAGAUAGUCAGAGCUCCGUUCCACUGUGCGCCGACACCAUUAUCUGAAUCCAGUCACGGCACAGAGCCCUACGACGUCGGCAGGACGGAAUCAGCACGCACGAAGCACAAACUACCCCUCCUCGCACCCAAACCAAUUCCAGCGCAUGCCGUUGACCCUCGGCCAGAAGCGACGGUGUCAGGUGUGGUGGGCCUGCGUCCACUCGCUCCAAAACCGCUUCGACCUUCCAACAUCCACGACUUUCCGAUCUCGAAAUCUGCUUCGGGAAAGCAUAGGAGACGAAGGUCUGAUGCAGUCAAAAUUCAGCUCGUACAGGAGGAGACAUGUAUCUCUCGCAGUUUAGAGGCAGCGACCGUCUUUGACAGGGCAGUCCUUAGCGGACUUUCCAGCAUUCAUCUGACCAUGGGUUACAACAUUGGUCAAUCGCGGUCGCAUGUCGACAGGUACAUCACAGCGCUGCGCCAGGUGGUCAGAUCGACGCGAUUGCCAAGUUCGGUGAAAAACGACGGAAAACGUCGUGCCAGCGCCGAGGGUGUUCUGUGGGUGGUCAGGGAGGCUUGGCCAUCCGCAGAAGGCUACUAUAACAUGACAGCUACACUGCGUGGACUGUUGGCGGUGGAAUUGUGGCGCAACUUCCCGUCUGAACGGACGUACCGACAGCUGCCUCCUGAAUAUCGCCCGACCAGAGCGCAAAUGGUUGCACCGCAUCCGCCCAACAUCGAUUGGCUUCCGUGGCCUGAUGUCCGAGAUCUACUUAUUCGUUAUCAGAACUCUUAUGACAUGGAUGCGGUGUUUCGAAUGGCGAUUCACAAUGUCGUUGCUCAUCGCAAACCUGGGCACAUCGCUUCCUCGUUGGAGUAUGCACGCUCUUCAGGAGUCGAGGAUAACACCUCAUUUCGUAUAUGGGAUCUGAUCUGCUCGGAGAAGGCCAACGGCACAGAGCCUCUGGCAGAUUCCAGUCUAGAGAGGAAGGCAAUCCUUAAGUCACCGAGAGUGAAAGCCGUCCUUGAUGCCUACGAUCUCGAAUAUGAUCAAUUCCAUACUCAGAAGCUCGAUGAUGAAUUCUUCCUGACGUUUCCAUGUCUAUACGCUGAAUCUGCUGUAUCAAGUUGGAAAGUUCGGGCCUUGGACGGCGUGCCGCUGUUUGACGUUGGCGCUCCAGUCCCUCUGUCGAGACCAGCUGUCGCAAGACUACAGGCUCAGAUAAACUCUCUACUUUCCAUUGAUACUUUGGAUUGA